GACGUGACGAGCGAACAUCAUUUUUGGUCGAUUCCGAGCUUGAAUAUUUAAUUAGUGCCGAAACUUAGCCGUUGUGUAAGUAGUUUUAGGUAUAUCAAGUCUGAGCAGGAGCCCCGCAACAUAUAUGAGUGUCUCCCAAGGGGGCUUGCCCCCUGGAAAGAAAAGGAAGGAAUCGAAGGAUUCAAUGGAUGCAAUUAUUGAAGAUAAUUCCCAGAAGGUAAUUCUGUGUCAUAACUGUAUGCGUUAUGGUCAUUUGGGUCAAUGUAGAAGCAAGCCUAGGUGUGCAAAAUGUCACGAAGAACAUGUUACUAGCUCAUGCCACAACGACUCUUUGGAACAAAAAUGUUUAAUUUGCGAUGGCAGUCACUACUCAUUUGAAACCUCAAAUAAUGAAUUUGAGAGGCAAAAGGUAAUUAAAAAGCAUAUGGCAAUGACUAAUUCUUCUUUUAGAGACUCAAACAAUGCGGUGCCAAAAACCACAUAUGCUUCAGUUACAAAAAAUAAUCCCAUUACGCCUCAAGAAAUCAAUAGUUCUAAUCUUCCAUCUCAAUCAUCAAACACUCAAACAUCAAUAAAUAUUCCAAAUGCGAAUUCGCACUUUACACAAAGGUUGUUUGAAACGGAACUCGCCUUCCUCGUCAGAUUUGACAGAAGAAGCUAG